CACAUUUCUCACACUGUCGCUAGGCCCUCCGGGCCAUGUCAGCAUCACACACCCUGCGGGAGCUACGGACUGAAGUGGACGCCGAGUUGCUGCGUGGGGUGCCGCUGGAGGUUUGCUUGAGUGGAUGGGCCAAGCACUUCGUGCCACCCGACCCUGGGAUGUUCCAGGUCGACCAUCGGAACUACGAGCUGAGUCGCCAGACCGAACACUACGAUGAGUUUCUCAGUCAUGAUUGGCAAACAUCACGUUGGUACAAGUUGGCUUCAAUGCUGAUUGUUUACAACUCCAAAGCGGCCUUCGUAGCUACUCUCUUCGUGAGUCUUCUGGUGGGGAUUCUACUUGCCAUGAAGCUGUUGCCCAUGGAGCUUUGGAUCCAACUCAGCGUCAGCGCAGUCUUCUGGAUCUUCCUGUGCUUCUGGCAACGGAUCAAACGGCUUUGUGGUUUGAGAACCGCCAUGGUUUUCCUGGACAAGCUAUGCAUUGCGCAGCAUGACGAGGAGCUCAAGCAGAAAGGGAUCUUUGGCCUGGCAGGCUUUCUUGAUCAGUCCCAACAGCUCACGAUUCUGUGGUCGCAUCGGUACUUCAGUCGCCUUUGGUGCACGUACGAGGUGGGCACCUUCUUGAGGGAUCCAAAGAGGACCAGGCCGAUCCUCGUGAUGCCUGUGAAGUUGGCAGUGCUCCUCAUGGUCUUCAGUUCCGUGGAACAUCUGAUCAUCCAGGGAUACUACUUCAACGUGGAGAUCAACCAGCAGUAUUCCAACAACUUGAAUGAGCUAGUGGAGUUUUGGUUCUACUUCAUUCCCUUCGUUCUGCCUUCCAUGCCUCUCCUCUACUACAUCGGCUUGACGAUGUUCGCAGAUCUCAAGGCUUUGCCAGAACAGCUGCGACAAUUUCGAGUCCAAGAUGCGAAAUGCUUUUGCUGCUCUCAUAACCAUCGACAUCCAGACACUCAGGAGGUAAUACCUUGCGACCGAGAGCUGAUGUUUCAGAUGCUGAAGAAGUGGUUUGGGCAACAAACUGACCAAGGGGAGGAACAUUUGGAGCUCUUCAACCGCUUGGUGCAUGAGGAGUUGGCUCCUCGAGUACUGGGACGAGUUGGAAGUGAUGUGGUGCCCUUGAACUACAGCAUCUACAUGGUCUUCGUGGCCAUUUUGCCGGGCUUGACCACUCUGAUCCCUGCCCUGGUGGACGGCGAGCCGUUCAACGCACCUACUCGGGUGCUCCCCACUGUGCCUUCCACGCCGCUCACACGGGCAGUGUGGAGCAUGCGGAUCAUGAUGGAGUGGUCGAUGAAUGGACAGUGCGGACUGCUGGCUCACCGCUGGGGGUCCCGUGGGCGUGCAUUGAGCGUUUUCUUGCUUCGACUCGAUGUUGUUUCACAGCUUCAUCCAAGGAUUCUGGUGCUCUUUUGGGUGAGAGUGAGCAUGCGCUUGUGGUUAAUUGCUGUGGAGUAUGAUCGCCUACCGCGUGUGUUUGCUUCCUGCAUUCUAGCAUUCCCCGUUUUUGGGGUUUUGACCUGUCAGUGGUUCUCUUUCCACCUGGUCAUGAGCAACACCGACCCCUACAGCUGGACUGGCCUGCUCCCUGCCAUUCCUUGGGCUUUAUGGCUCGUGAUUCUCUACUGUACUUGGAGCAUGGGUUCCUUCAUGAGGACGCCUGCUGCGCCCGCUACGCCUGCUACACCCGCCACGCCUGCCAUCUUCAAAGAAGAAAUGGGCGACGAUGGCUCUGAUGAAGUGGUUAUGCAGGUCGACGAUGAGUUGAGCUCGACAUUUUCAACUUAGAACCCAGAGGCUCCAAGCGUGUUGGACCAAUCCAGCACCGGAAGCAUUUUGGGAGUGGGUCCAAUCAACAAGCAAUUCUCCAGAAGUGUUUCUCCAUCAGCCACUCAAUAACCCAGACACUCCAUGAGACUGCCAUAUAUGCCG